GCUGACCUUUGAUUAGUCUCUGUUGAAAAGCUGGAGGAUCCAGCCAAGUGUUUUACGACCGAAGGAGAACCUUACCUUCCAAGAAAUGCUUUGCAGCUGGCUACAAUUCCAUGUUGGAAAGAAGUGUUAGAAGAUAUGGACAAGUUUGAAUUCAUAUCCCAAAGUUAUGACCAGACCUUGUUUUGUAGUUGAAGACAUUGUAGUUUACCCUUUUGAGUACGGAGAAGCUCUCCUCAAAGAAAACAGUCGCUCUGUUCCAUAAGCAAUGGCUCGAGGAUUGCUUUUUAUUUGGAUGAUACCCUUUGUUCAUCUGAUAAGCUUGUCAAGCCAACAAGACAUCAGGUUUGUCUACACUGGUUUCGGUCCGACAGAUCUUUAUCUUGAUGGGGUUGCCAGUGUUCUUUCCAGUAGACUUUUGCAGCUAACCGAUGCUUCGUCGCAGAAAACGGGUCAUGCUUUUUACAAGCAGCCAUUUGAGUUCAAUUCAUCUGAACCAUUCUCCUUCUCGACGCAUUUCAUCUGUGCUUUUGUCCCGAAGCCAGGAGUUAUCGGUGGCCAUGGGAUUGCGUUUGUGGCAUCUUCUUCUACAGAUUUCACACAAGCAGAUCCAACUCAGUACUUGGGCCUGUUCAACAUAUCAACAAAUGGAUCUCCCUCUUCUCAUGUUCUCGCAGUUGAGCUUGAUACUGUCCUGAGUGCAGAGUUUGAUGACAUCGAUAAUAAUCACGUGGGGAUUGAUGUGAACAGCCUGAAAUCUGUCGUAUCUGCUCCAGCUUCCUACUUUUCCAACACGGAAAGGAUGAACAAGGCGAUACAGCUCGUGAGCGGAGAUCCUGUCCAGGUCUGGGUGGACUAUGAUGGAACUGUACUAAAUGUUUCACUGGCCCCUCUCAAAGUUCAGAAGCCAAUCCAACCUCUUUUGUCCAGAGCCAUCAAUCUUUCAGAGAUAUUCCCGGAUAGACGAGUAUUUGUUGGGUUCUCUGCAUCAACAGGAUCAUUGAUAAGUUACCAAUAUGUACUCGGGUGGAGUUUCAGCAGCGGCGGGGUAUUAUUACAGGACAUGGACAUCUCAAAACUUCCCCAUGUUCCUCGUCCUAAAGCUGGAAACAAAACUUCUCCACUGCUUAUCUCUCUGCUCAUUCUAAUGGCACUCGUUGUGUUGGCGGCUCUUGGAGGAGCUUAUUUUUACAGGAGAAACAAGUACGCAGAAGUAAGAGAUCCAUGGGAAAAGGAGUAUGGUCCACAUAGAUUCUCCUAUAAAUCCCUUUACAAAGCAACCAAAGGGUUUAAGAAGGAAAGGCUUCUCGGGAAAGGAGGAUUUGGAGAAAUCUACAAAGGAACCCUCCCUCUCAGUAGACAAAUAGCCGUGAAAAGAGUGUCACACAAACACAAUGCAGAGCAAGGGAUGAAGCAGUUUGUGGCUGAAGUGGUGAGCAUGGGAAGUCUAAAGCAUAGGAACUUGGUUCCAUUGCUUGGGUAUUGCAGGAGAAAAGGCGAGUUACUUCUUGUCUCUGAGUACAUGCUCAAUGGUAGUCUUGACCAGUACUUGUUUGACAACAAAGAUCCGGGUCUUUCUUGGUCGCAAAGACUUGCCAUUCUCAAGGACAUUGCAUCGGCUCUGAGUUACCUUCAUACAGAAGCUGACAAAGUUUUUAUACACCGGGACAUUAAAGCUUCGAAUGUAAUGUUGGAUGCUGAGUUCAGUGGAAGGCUAGGAGAUUUCGGUAUGGCCAGAUUUCAUGACCAUGGAGCCAGUCCAGCCACAACAGCUGCUGUGGGAACCGUAGGAUACAUGGCACCAGAGCUAACAACAAUGGGAGCUUCAACCAGAACUGACGUUUAUGCCUUCGGUGCUUUCAUGCUCGAAGUAACCUGUGGGAGGAGACCAGUGGAACCCGAGAUGCCAGCUGAAAAACAGUAUCUUGUCAAAUGGGUAUGCGAAUCAUGGAAAAGGGUUUCUUUACACGAGGUUAAAGAUCCGAGAUUGGGAGGAGAAUUUUCGUUAGAGGAAGUUGAAAUGGUUCUGAAACUAGGAUUGCUCUGCACAAACAUUGUUCCAGAAUCCAGACCUACCAUGGAAGAAGUGGUUCAAUACCUGAACUGGAGCUUACCAUUGCCGGAGAUCUCGCCAUAUUCUCCGGGGAUCGGAGCAUUUACUCGGGUGGUUUUGGAAGCAUUCUCCUCCUCCUCGGCCUCCUCCACGUCGAGGAGGUUGCCAGAUCCCUUGAACUCGUCUUCCUCCUCCAACAACUCUAUGUUUGUCACUCACACAAUCAUCUAUGGGCAAGGAAGAUAGCUUCUAACAAGACCUUUUCCUUCGUACAAUUUCCUUCCUGCCUUGGAUUUGUGAAGUGAUUCCCCACAUAUACUUGUACAUCGUAUAAACUCGUUCUUGAAAAUUGAUGUAUUAAUUUUUCUUCCGUUGUUACUUGACGA